UAGUUUUAUUAUACUCCCUAAUUUUUAUUUCAAGUAAGUAUAAUUUCCUAGUUGCUGCCACUCACGCCCGUGGGCGUUCGCCACUUCGCCGGAAAGCUCGGAUCGGCCGAGUCGUCUUUGCAAUUCUUUAAUUCUCUUCGCAUACCGCAGUGCCCUACAGCCUACUGUACCGUGCGGCUGCGUCCUCGUCCGCUCCCGAGUCCCUCCCCGCGCGGCUGCUAUCUCCGGCCUUCCCCUGCCUUCUCUCUGAGUCUCUGGUCAUCGUAUUUUCCAGUUGAGCAAUGGAAGAAGGUGCCCCUGGGAAGAAUGAGGAAGAGGAAUUCAACACAGGGCCACUGUCUGUUCUCAUGAUGAGUGUCAGAAACAAUACACAGGUGCUCAUCAACUGUCGUAAUAACAGAAAGCUUCUAGGUCGUGUGAGGGCUUUUGAUCGCCAUUGCAACAUGGUGCUCGAAAAUGUUAGAGAGAUGUGGACUGAGGUUCCCAAAACUGGCAAAGGGAAAAAGAAAGCCCAACCUGUUAAUAAGGAUAGGUUCAUUAGCAAGAUGUUUCUUCGUGGAGAUUCUGUGAUCAUUGUCCUCCGAAAUCCCAAAUAGAGGGGUACUCCUAUUCUAUCCAUGCAGGUUACUGCUAGAUGGUUCAUCUUAUGCAGCCCCUGUCUACACUCAGAUUUCUGCUCUUGUUGUGGUCUAGUUUUCCCAACUAAGACUUCUUGGUAGGAUAUUGUGGAACGGCUUGUUAUUUCAAUAUAUUUUGACUAUGAAUGAGGCCACUAAGUUUUUUGCUUUAUUACUCUGCUUUUCCUGUGCUAUUCUUAUUUACUUCGUUAGUCUAAGAUCAUCUAACUCUGUGCUGUAUUAGCUGAAUGGCACUAUCUACGUCCUAAUAACAUAUACUAAUAUGCAUA